AUGUUCGGAAAAGUAUACCACCGUCGCCACAUAAAGAGAAGAACAAUAUCGCCAAAUUGGUCUGACCUCCGAUCUGAAAUAUUAGAGUUAAUAAUGAAAAAUCUCUCCUUCCUCGACAUGCUUCGAUUUAAAUCCGUUUGUUCUUCUUGGAAUCAAGCCAUGAAAUGUUAUUAUGCCACAUCGUUUCCGCAAACUUCUCCAUGGCUAAUGCUCCCUAGUGAUCAAGAAAACGUUCAUAACGAUAUUAGGACUCGGUGUUUCUACAGCCUUAAAGAAGAUGAAGUCUACACUGUCAAGAACGUGUUACAAGAAUGUCAUGAUGAUUGGUGUGUUGGUUCAUCACACGGUUGGCUGGUGAUCAUGGACAACAACGCAGUCCCACAUCUUCUCAAUCCCGUUUCGCGGCGUAGAAUUCAACUCCCAAAAAUUUGGUCUCUGCAAAAUUGCCCCAGCAAUCCUGACAGCAUUGAACAAUUGCGCAUGACUUUUAUUUGCAAAGCUGUUCUCUCCUCCGACCCUUCUUGCAACGGCAACUUUGUUGUUGUGAUAAUUUAUGGUGUGUUAUCUUCAAAACUUGGAUUUUGUAAGUAUGGGGAGGAGGGCAGCAGAUGGAGAGGCUUAGAAGGUGUGCAUGGAGAAUAUUGUGAUGUUAUUUUUCACAAGGAGAAGUUGUAUGCAUUGGCGGGGGAUGGCUCGGUCGAAGUGUGGAGGGACUUCAACAACUCCUCUACUCCCAUCAAAACUAUGAAUCUUCAUCAGCCAUAUUCAGAGCUAGAAAAUGUAAAUCAUAUAAUUAAGGACUUUUCCAAGGACAAAUAUUCUACUCAGACGUACUUGGUGGAGUCUUUGGGUGAGAUAUUGUCCGUGGGGCGAGUUAUCGGCAACUUUGUCAACCAUGAGGGCACGGCUAUUCUUGAGGGGGAUCUAGAUGAGUAUGGUUACUUCUGUCCCUACAGAACAUUGCAGUUUUAUGUCCUCAAGUUGAAUUUCACAGCCAAUAAGUGGGAGAAAAUUGAAUCUUUGCGCGGUCGAGCUUUAUUUCUGGGCGGGAAUCAAUCAAUGUCAGUGUCGACUCCCGAUUUUCUAGAAUGCGAAGAAAACUCAAUUUACUUCACGGACGAUCGAUGGGACGAGAUCAAUUUCAACGCCGGCAGUGUUGACGACAAUGGUUAUGGUGGUCAUGAUGUAGGAAUAUACAACAUAGGCAACAAAGUUGUGAAGCCAAUUUACCAAUUUGAGAAGUGGAGAGUUGAUCCACCACCCUUUUGGAUAGUUCCUAACCCAUGGUGA